GGCUGCGCGGGCUCUCGGCGGCCGCGGCGGCAGCAGCAGCAGCAGCAGCAGCAGCAGCAGCAGCAGCGGCAGCAGCCUCCUCUCUUUCUUCUCUUCCCUUCCGCUUCUUUCUCUAGCUUCUUUUUUUGUUUUUGUUUUUCUCCUUCUUCCCCUGCCCCGUCUCACGCUCUACCCCUUCUCCGGAGGGCAUUAGGUCCUCAGGGCGGUGAGCGGUGACAGCGGCGACCGCGGAUGCCUCCAGUUUCUGCGCCCAGACUUUAUUGAUCUGAUCCAAGGUAUAUUGUGACGGCUGGCUGGAAUUAAGACAGGAGCUGGUGGCUUGCAGACUGCAGUGUGUCUGGAGCUAGAGAGGCAGAGCGAGAGCCAGCCCAUGGAGAUUAGGCUCCGGGAGAACGAUUCCACAGCAAUCCUCAAAGACUAGACUUGGGUGGUACCGCCGCACAAGCACUGAUUCUUCAGUUUGUUGUCUCUAACCGAGGAAACAUUGACUGGGAACCACUCAUUCAGAAAAUUAAAAGAAAGAAGCCAGAAACGAUUAUCAACCCUUUGAGAACAUAACAAAACAAACUUUGCCGUUUUACUGCUUCCUUGAACCGGCGAGGUCACAGGGUAUUGAAGAAUGGCAGAUGAUCGGAAAGAUGACGCAAAGGCACCUCACUGGACCUCAGCUCAACUAGGGGAGGCUUCGGCACACCCACAUCCUCCUGAGAUUAAGGAUCAGGGCGGGGCAGGGGAAGGACUUGUCAGAAGUGCCAACGGAUUCCCAUACAGGGAGGAUGAAGAGGGGGCCUUUGGAGAACAUGGGUCACAGAGCACUUAUUCAAACACCAAAGAGAAUGGGAUCAAUGGAGAGCUGACCUCAGCUGACAGAGAAACAGCAGAGGAGGUGUCUGCAAGGAUAGUUCAAGUAGUCACGGCUGAGGCUGUAGCGGUCCUGAAAGGUGAACAAGAGAAAGAAGCUCAACAUAAAGGUCAGCCUGCAGCUCUGCCUUUAGCACCUGAAGAGACAGCUAAUCUGCCUCCUUCUCCACCCCCAUCACCAGCCUCAGAACAGACUGUCACAGUGGAAGAAGGUUUACUUACAGCCUCGAAGAUGGAGUUCCAUGAUCAACAGGAAUUGACUCCCUCUUUAGCUGAGCCAUUAGACAAGAAGGAAAAGGAGUCAGAGAAACACAUAAAGCCUGGUGAAGAUCUUAAACAUGCUGCCUUAGUUUCUCAGCCUGAGACAACUAAAACAUCCCCUGAUAAAAAUGACAUGCAAGACACAGAAGAAGGAACAACACCACUCACUCUGUUUGGGCACGAUUUUGGUGCCGACCUAGAAGACAAGAAACAGAAGACAGAACCAAGCCUAGUGGUACCUGGUAUUGGUCUCCCUGCAGAAACCCCAGCUCCAAAAGAGCAAAAGAACUGGUUCAUCGAAAUGCCAAUGGAAGCAAAAAAGGAUGAGUGGGGUUUAGUUGCUCCGAUAUCUCCUGGCCCCCUAACACCCAUGAAGAAAAAAGACGUACUUGAAGAUAUCCCAAAAUGGGAAGGGAAACAAUUUGAUUCUCCCAUGCCAAGUCCCUUUCAGGGUGGAAGCUUCACUCUUCCUUUAGAUGUCAUGAAGAAUGAAAUAGUUGGAGAAAAAUCACCCUUUGCCCCUGCCCUAUUACAACUAAGUAACAAAAAAUUUUUUGGAGAAACCAGUGGCCCAGUGACUGCCAAAGACAUUUUUAAAGUUGAAGAGCCCCUUGAGGAUAAACCUGACAAAAUGGCAGAAGCACCAGACUCAGAGGCAAUGAUUUCACCUAAAUUUGGCGACAUUCCAAUUGUGGAAGAAUGUGUCCCAGAGAAGGUUUUAGGAGAAGAAAAAGGAGCAGUGAAGCAAGAGAGUGUGCAGAAAAAAGAGACGUCCGCCCUUAGUGGACAGGAAUCUGCACUUACUGAAAAGGAACCUCAGCUAAAGCUUGAAGAAAAAACAACCAUUUCUGACAAGGAAACCAUGCCAAAAGAGAGCGAAUCCCCCAAACUGAUCGGUAAAGAAACAGGUGUAAUUCAGCCCUCCACAGAGCACGCUUUCUCAAAAGAAGAACAGAAAGGUCAAGAGCCUACCAUAAAUGUAUCAAAACAGGAGUCAUUCCCUGGAAGCCUAGAGCAAGCAGUUACAAAUACAGCCAUGGCCUCUACGACACUGGAGAAAGUCAGGAAGGAACCAGCUACACUAAGUGAAAAGAGUGCGAUCGAGGACCUUUUUGAAGAAAAAGUUGCUGACAAAGAUAAUAAGGUUGAAGGAGUUGAGGCUGCAACAUCUGCUGCGCUUGACAUGCCAUUUUACGAAGAUAAAUCAGGAAUGUCCAAGUACUUUGAAACAUCUGCCUUGAAAGAAGUGACAAAAAGCAUCCAGCCAGGCAGUGAUUACUAUGAACUGAGUGACACAAGAGAAAGUGCCCAAAAUGCUGUAUCUCCCAUGUAUAAAAAUGGUGACAAUGGACUUCAGGCAGGUGAAGAGUCCCAGCCCAAUGUCCCAGCACAGGAAGCAGGGUAUAGCACUCUUGCAAAGAGUUAUCCACCUGAUUUACCAGAAGAACCUAGUUCUCCUCAAGAAAGGAUGUUCACUAUUGAUCCAAAAGUGUAUGGGGAGAAAAGGGAUCUCCACAGUAAGAAUAAGGACGAUUUGACACUGAGCAGGAGUUUAGGACUUGGUGGUAGGUCUGCAAUAGAACAAAGAAGCAUGUCAAUCAAUUUACCCAUGUCUUGCCUGGAUUCCAUAGCCCUUGGAUUUAAUUUUGGUCGGGGGCAUGAUCUCUCUCCAUUGGCUUCUGAUAUUCUAACCAACACCAGUGGAAGCAUGGACGAAGGGGAUGAUUACCUUCCAGCCACUACCCCUGCACUGGAGAAAGCCCCUUGCUUCCCAAUAGAAAGCAAAGAGGAAGAAGAGCAAGUAGAGGGAGAAAAAGCUACCGGAGAGCCAAGUACUCAAGUCGAAACCUCGUGUGAGUCGCCUUUCCUAGCCAAAGAUUAUUACAAAAACGGUACUGUCAUGGCCCCUGACCUGCCUGAAAUGCUAGAUCUGGCAGGCACGAGAUCCAGACUAGCUUCCGUGAGUGCAGACGAGGUGACCAGGAGGAAGUCAGUCCCAUCAGAGACUGUGAUUGAGGAGAGUAGUACUGGCUUGCCCCCUGUCGCUGAUGAAAACCACAUCAUUGUUAAAACAGACAGUCAGCUUGAAGACCUGGGCUACUGUGUGUUCAAUAAAUAUACAGUCCCACUCCCAUCACCGGUUCAAGAUAGUGAGAAUUUAUCCGGAGAGAGUGGUUCCUUUUAUGAAGGCACUGAUGAUAAAGCGCGAAGAGAUUUGGCCACAGACCUUUCAUUGAUUGAAGUUAAACUGGCAGCUGCCGGAAGAGUCAAAGAUGAGUUCAGUGCUGAGAAAGAAGCAUCCUCACAUGUCGCUGGUGACAAACCAGCACCGAGUAGGGAGUUUGAUCAGGAGAGGAAAGCUAAUGAGAAGCUGGAUACUGUACCAGAAAAGAGUGAAGAACAUGCUGAUUCAAAAGAAUAUUCCAAGGAAACAGAAGAUAACGUUGAAACAUUUGGAUUAGGAGUAACCUACGAGCAUGCUUUGGCCAAAGAACUGACAGCGUCAAAGGAUGAUGCAUCAGCUGUCAUGGCUGAGAAAGCAGAGAAAGGUCUUAGUUCAGUGCCAGAGGUAGCUGAGGUAGAACCACCCAAGAAAGCUCAACCAGAACUGGAUUUCAGUGCCCAGAAAGCUACCCAAGGUCAAUUAGAUAUUAAAGUCAGUGACUUUGGACAGAUGGCCUCGGGGCUCAACAUAGAUUCUGGAAAGACAACAGAGCUUAAACUCGAGGCUACACAGGCUCUCACUCCCUUCUCUGCAGCACCUCAGGACGCAGGUGUGUUUAUGGGCGUUGAGUCUGGCCACGCAAAAGAAAGCGCCAAAGUCAGUGACACUGCAGAAGUCAAGGAGAAGGUGGCCAAGCCUGACUUGGUGCACCAGGAAGCUGUAGACAAAGAAGAGUCCUACGAGUCCAGCGGUGAGCAUGAAAGCCUGACCAUGGAGUCCCUGAAGCCUGAUGAGGGCAAGAAGGAAACAUCCCCAGAAUCUUCUCUAAUUCAAGACGAGCUCACCGUCAAAUUAUCAGUGGAAAUACCUUGUGCACCUGCCGCUUCAGAGGCCGAUUUAGCCCCAGAUGAGAGAGCAGAUGUCCAGAUGGAAUUUAUUCAGCUGCCAAAAGAAGAAAGCAAAGAGACCCCGGGUAUAUCUAUCACACCCUCUGAGGUUACAGAGCCAUUGCUUGCAGCCACUGGGGCUGAGCCCGCAGAAGCUCAGAGUGAGGAAGAAGAGAUAGAAGCCCGAGGAGAAUAUGAUAAACUGCUUUUUCGCUCAGACACCCUUCAGAUUACUGACCUGGGAGUCUCAGGUGUCAGGGGGGAAUCUGGGGAGACCUGCCCAGGUGAACACAAGGGAGUGAUUGAGUCUGUUGUGACGAUCGAGGAUGAUUUCAUCACUGUCGUGCAAACCACAACUGAUGAAGGGGAGUCGGGUUCCCACAGUGUGCGUUUUGCAGCCCUAGAGCAGCCUGAGGUGGAAAGGAGACCGUCCCCUCCUGGUGAAGAACAGCUCAAAAUAGAAGAAGCAGCUGAAGCCCAGGCAGAACCCGAAGAUGGCUCCCCAGAGGCUCCGGCUUCCCCUGAGAGAGAAGAGGUUGGGCUCUCAGAAUACAAGACAGAAACCUAUGAUGAUUACAAAGAUGAGACCACCAUUGAUGACUCCAUCAUGGAUGCUGACAGCCUCUGGGUGGACACUCAAGAUGAUGAUAGGAGCAUCAUGACAGAACAGUUAGAAACUAUUCCUAAAGAGGAGAAAGCUGAGAAGGAGGCUCGGAGACCAUCUCUUGAGAAACAUAGAAAAGAAAAGCCUUUUAAAACCGGGAGAGGCAGAAUUUCCACUCCUGAAAGAAAAAUAGCUAAAAAGGAACCUAGCACAGUCUCCAGAGAUGAAGUGAGAAGGAAAAAAGCAGUUUAUAAGAAGGCUGAACUUGCUAAAAAAACAGAAGUUCAGGCCCACUCUCCCUCCAGGAAAUUCAUUUUAAAACCUGCUAUCAAAUAUACUAGACCAACUCAUCUCUCCUGUGUUAAGCGGAAAACCACAGCAGCAGGUGGUGAAUCGACUCAGGCUUCCAGUGUGUUUAAACAGGCAAAGGACAAAGUCCCUGAUGGAGUAACCAAGAGCCCAGAAAAGCGCUCUUCUCUGCCGAGACCCUCCUCCAUUCUCCCUCCUCGCCGAGGUGUGUCAGGAGACAGGGAUGAGAACUCCUUCUCUCUCAACAGUUCUAUUGCCUCUUCAGCACGGCGGACCACUAGGUCAGAGCCAAUUCGCAGAGCAGGAAAAAGUGGCACCUCAACACCCACUACCCCUGGAUCAACUGCCAUCACUCCUGGCACCCCACCAAGCUAUUCUUCACGCACACCAGGCACUCCUGGAACCCCUAGCUAUCCCAGGACCCCUCACACACCGGGAACCCCCAAAUCUGCCAUCUUGGUGCCCAGUGAGAAGAAAGUCGCCAUCAUACGCACUCCUCCAAAAUCUCCUGCUACUCCCAAGCAGCUCCGGCUUAUUAACCAACCACUGCCAGACCUGAAGAAUGUCAAAUCCAAAAUCGGAUCAACGGACAACAUCAAAUACCAGCCUAAAGGGGGGCAGGUUAGCAUUUUAAACAAGAAGAUCGAUUUUAGCAAGGUUCAGUCCAGAUGUGGUUCCAAGGAUAACAUCAAACAUGCUGCUGGGGGCGGAAAUGUAAGUGGUGGGCGUGUGAAAAUUGAGAGUGUGAAGCUGGAUUUCAAAGAAAAGGCCCAAGCUAAAGUCGGCUCACUUGACAAUGCCCACCAUGUACCUGGAGGUGGUAAUGUCAAGAUUGACAGCCAAAAGCUGAACUUCAGAGAGCACGCGAAGGCCCGUGUGGACCAUGGGGCUGAGAUCAUCACGCAGUCCCCAGGCAGAUCCAGCGUGGCAUCCCCCCGACGCCUCAGCAACGUCUCCUCUUCGGGAAGCAUCAACCUGCUUGAAUCCCCUCAGCUUGCCACUUUGGCUGAAGAUGUCACCGCUGCACUCGCAAAGCAGGGCUUGUGAAUAUUUCUCAUUUAGCUUUGAAGUCAUAAUAUUUAGGCAUGAGCUCUUGGCAGGAGUGGGCUCUGAGCAGGUGUUAUGUUCAUUCCUUACAAACUAUAAAAUAAAUAAUCUCAUUCCCAAACUCUAGUAAUUGUUACAAUUUUAUAAAAAAACAACAAAAAAACAUGAGUAGCAUAUGCAGAAAUUGACUUGAUUUCCAUUUGCAACAGGAAGACACUGGCUUUACAUGAGUACAAUUGGACGGUUAUUUUUGCUCUGCUCUGUUUUGCAUGGAGUAUUAUUAUUUUAAAAAUUGCAUUUUUACCUUUCAUGUGCCUGAUGGCUAUCCACUACAUUCUGAAAGGCCUUGUUAAAAAUCAAAGCUGCUCAUUUCACUAUUCUGUUGCUGGGUGAAAAGAUAGAAGCCGCCCAUUGUAACUUAUUACAGGUUAAAUUAAAUCAAGGAGUCUGACUGCAGGAAGGGAAGAGCAUGUAAGAAAUAAGUUGCUUUUUGGGUUUUUUUUUAAGUGUUAUUUUGUAUAAAUGGGAAGAAAGAUUCAAUUAAGUUAUUAACAUUUGGGACCUGGAUGAUUAUAUCAGAGUAUAAGUCAAUUCAAUAAAUUAUUUAACUAAUUAAAAGAUAGGUACAAUGCAUUUGAGCUGUGGUUGAGGAAGUGGUAUAAAAGUGCUCUACUAGGAACGAAGCACUUUCAUUAGGAUGGACUCGUGUCUGAUUAGAAUGUCAGUUGAUCAGCUAGAUUUGUGUCCACACUACCAGUUUCACACCCCCUUUUCAUCUGUUUGAUACAGUAUUAUAGAUAUAAAUAUAUAUAUAUAUAUUUCUCUGUGGCCAUUUGUGAUACUUCCUCAUAUACUUGAAUAUUAUACUUCCUUAUUCACAGUAUCUGUGUCUCCUGCACCCUUUGGUGUUGCAAUUUUAGGUAUGUGAAAGUAGAUGUUAGCAGGGUUCGCUCCCUAUUUAAAAAAAAAUACAUUUAAAAAGACAAAAAGUUUUAGCAUGAAGUUGCUUUCUGUAACAACUCAAAGCUGUAACCCUGUUUUAGUGCCAGAUACAAGUCUCUCCCAUGAUGCUAGAAAAAUUUAUUUUUCUUUGCUUUCACCAACAUGGAGUUUGUGGGGGUGGGUCCAGUUAUACAUAAAAGGGUUUACAGAUUGUUGGUUUAAGAUUAUAGAUUUAUCUCAUUUUGAAUCACGGAAUAGUUUGGGUUUUAUUUCUCCAAUCAUUCAUAAAAGACGUGUUAAGAUUUCUUCUUCCUUUUUUUUUUUUUUUCCAUUUGCUAAAGUUGAAACUAAUAGCGGGAAUCUGGGACAUGUUAUCCCAUUCUUCCAAAUAGUACCUGCUUAUUAAAUUACCUGAUACAAGGUAUUUGGCUUCCUUACCCAAAGUAAAGAUCCCUGGAUCAGAAAGGAAAAAUUCAGUAUUUUGAGAAGCUAUAACUACAAAAUAACAAAACAUUUGAGAUACAGAUAUCUAAAUCAGUUUUUUCAGGACUCCAACAUUUCACUCUAUAAAGGAAUACUAUAUGACUUCACAUUACUAAUCAGUAGAUAACGCUGUUCUAACUUUAUAUACAGUCUAGAAAUCACAAAUCAAUUAAUUCCUCUUAGAAAUCAUUCAUCUUAGACUUAUGAAUAAGCAAUGAAUUAGUCAAUGGCCUGAAUAAGGCAAUGACUUACCAGGCUGAGUGGGUGUAUUUUAGUAUUUUAUCUAUUCUUUUUCUUGCUCAGGGCUAGUGGGUUGGAUCUGAACAAUUACAGGCAGAUGAUCUGGUAGGUAUUUGAUUCUUUGAGCCAAAUCAAUUCCUGAAUGUAAGGGAAGAAAUGAUGAGCAUGGAUGAGGCAAAAAGGAAGUACCAUAGCAUCUAAGAAAGCAGCCAAGAAAUGCAGACAGAGAUACAUGGGUGCCAUUUUGUGACUCAUUGGAUAUCACCACCCAUUUGAUUUUCAUAAAAGAAACUCAGAGCAAAUGUGCACCAUUCAUUCUCAACUAAGAGCUUUUACAUAGGCAAACAUGUCUGAAGCUAUUUAUGAAUCAGUUAUUUUAUACAAUAUUCGAAAAGUAAGAAACUACCAAAUAGGACUAUGGAUGUGUCUAUUUCCUGCCUAAUAAUUGCUGUGAGGUUUGAUUUGACCAAUCUGGGAGUUUUUUCCAUCAGCUUCCCUUGAAAUGUACCAGAAAAUAAGAGAAGGAAGAACAGUCAUGUGGGGACUUAAGGUAUUUGCUUACAUGUUUGAUAGUAUUAGGUAGUGGUUGAAGUUCUCUUGAAAGAAGUUAAUAGCUGGUUAGAACAGUUUUAACAAGUGAAACACAAGUAUUUUCACCUUGGCUUAAGCUUUUAUAAAAGUUAAGAAUAAGUGAACAUGCUCUACAUAUUAAAAUUCAGUUUCUUAUAAAUACACAUCCAAAACAAUGAUUAUAUAAAGCUCUGUUAUUAGAUUGGGCGUUAACACAAGUGUUUAUUUCAAACCACAGCAAAAUUAUAAUAAGUGCUCUUCCUUUGUGUGGAAAUGUGAUUCUUUAUAACCUUAUCAAAAAGAAACUGAUAAUUUGUACCAGUAGAAGAGAGAAACACGCAGGAUAAAUGUCUUCUUAUGGGGAUCAGUGGUGGAGCCCAUCUUGCCUUCGCUCUCAAGAUUAACGGCACAAAUUAAGCUUUUUGAGCACCACUCUUGUGGGGACAUCCAUACGCUGAUCUAGAAAUUAAAGCUUCAUAGUUCCAAUUCUAGAUCUAUUAAUGCCAGUUUCUCUCUGGCUUUAGCCUUUGAGAACCUGUUUAAGGAUACACAAGUAAUCCAGAGCUGUGAAGAGUUAAAAGGCCAACUUCAAUGAACUCAUCUCCCUGGGUCACCUGCAACCAAGAAUUGAAUACCUUACAAUAAUGCAGGAAGGAUCCGAGUUUAUGAUGAGUUUCAAAGGCCAUGUUCACUUAGGAACCAACUCUCUCUGGAUUCUCCUGCUGAGUUCCAGCAGGGUGAUGGGCUGAAAUCCCACCCACAAGCAAGACAACUGUGCAGCAUCAACCAGGUAUGGCUGAAGAGGUUUAAGAGAGAGCUUUGUUAAAUGGAAGAAUGGACUGAUGGUAGUUGGCCUUCUCCACAUACUCAUAUAAUAAUACAGCAGGAAAUGGGAUCAUCAAUCAAAAUAUAACAUUGUGUCAGUAUUAUUAAAGAAAUAAUCUCAAUGUGGUUGAUUCUGACUUAGCUGUAAUUAUAAUUUUUCUUACAUUUUUUAUGUCACAAAAGGAGGAAUAUAAACUAUUCAUUGGCCAAAGUAGCCAAAAAAUAAAUAAAUAAAUAAUAAUAAAAAGGUAGAUUCAUGGCUUGGAAAGGCAAAUUUUAGGCAUUCUUUGAAAGAUUGAUGUGCUAAAAUCAGCAUUGGUGUUUGUGUUUUUACGCCUAGGAUUUUUAGACUUGGUGUGUAGGUUGAGGCCAAGUUCCUCUGCAGGAAAAAUCUUAUUUUUAAACUAAAAAAUGUCAAUCAUGAAAAAUCUACUUCAACUUUAGCAAAAAGAAAAAAAAAAUCAACAAAAAGUAUACUCUGUAUGCUGGGAUUCCAAGGUUCCAACACUCCGUUACAAAUCUGUGGGGGGUUUCUUUCUUCUGAUAAUUCUAGAGCCUGUUACCAUAGAAAGGCAUUUCUUCAAUGGCUGGUUGUAGUUAGUUCAUGUUUUUCAAUCAAAAUUUGCAAAUGUAUUUGUUGCUGUAUAGUGAUUGUUUUGCAAAAUAAAAUUGCUUGUCAUCUAA